CUACAUGGUAUCCCACCCCUACUCAUUUUAGAAUGAGGUCUCUCUAAAUUUCUCGUUGGAGAUAAAUUUGUAAGUAUCUUUUUCUCCAAAAACAAAAUUGUCUAUUAAGGCUACUAAAAGUCCUCUCAUUCAAAUUAACUUUGAGCAAAAUCAUGAGAAAAGGAAAAUCCUGCUCCCCUUCUGCGGAACCAAAAUCCCUUAUAAGCAUCCUCCAAAUUGUUAUGGUAGUUGUGCUGCUAUUGCAUCAUCAAACAUGCGAUGCAACAAGUAGCAAUAAGCAAACAUAUUGUCCACCUUCUUCAUGCGGCAAAAUCACAAUCAUAAAACAUCCUUUCCGACUUAUGGAUGACCCAACAACCUGCGGUGAUCCGAGGUACGAGUUAUCCUGCGAAAACAACAUCACAAUGUUAACUCUGUUUUCUGGUAAAUACUAUGUGAAAUCAAUCGACUACAAAAACUACACAAUUCGGUUAGUUGAUCCCGGAAUUGAAGAGGGUGAUUGCUCCUCUAUUCCUCGCUAUUACUUAAAUGGAAACAAUUUCACUUACAGUUAUUCUAUUUCCACCGAUAGAUACAACGAGGAUCCAUAUCAAAUCGAUGGCCGGUUUGGGUUCCAGGACAUAAUUUACUUGAAUUGUAGCAAACCAGUGAAGGACGAUCCUGAAUAUCUGGAUACAGCUCUGUGUAGAGUCAACUUGGACUCCAAAAGCCAUGUUUACGCUUUUGUGGGGGGUUACUUUUACGUUGGGAAAUUAAAAGAUUAUUGCCGAGUGAAGCUUGUUGCUAUGUCAUCGAUGUUAGCUUUUCCUAAUAUCAGUGUCAGUGUCAGUGUCAGAGAUGGUGUACCGGAUCGACAACUUUCAUACCAGAAAAUCCAUGAAAUGCUACUCUAUGGAUUUGAGAUAUCAUGGAUAAGUGCUGCUUGUAGAGAUUCUUGCGGCGAUAACGAAUACUGCAUCUUAUCAGAGAUAACCAGAGGAGAUUUUGAAUGUCAUCAAUCCAAAUAUAUUGAUAAAUGCAGUUAUCCAUUCGACCCAUUCGGACCUGAACGGAAUUGCAACCACAUAUUGACAAAGCUGCUCAUAUUCGUGGAAGAAAUUUUGCUCGGUAUUAUUAAAGGAGCAUUAAAAAUAGUUGGUACGACGAAAACUUAUAAAGUAUCAAAGCAAGAACUUUCUAUUUCUAAAACUGGAUUGGAGAUAGGAAAAAUCAUAGGCAGGUAUCUCUUGCCGCCGUGUAUAGUAAGAUAUGUAACGGGCCUCUUGGUUUUCUGUGUGUUAAUGAUAUAUAUAUGUCAAAGAAGGCAUUUAUCAAUAUAUGAAAAUAUUGAAGUAUUUCUUCAGACAAAUACUUUGAUUCCAAUAAGGUAUUCAUACAAAGAAAUAAAGAAUAUGACUAGAAGUUUCAGAGACAAGCUGGGUGAAGGUGGUUUUGGAGCUGUUUAUAAAGGAAAGCUACGCAGCGGACAACUUGUGGCCAUAAAGAUGUUAGGUAAAUCAAAGGGCAAUGGACAAGAUUUUAUUAAUGAAGUAGGAACCAUAGGAAGAAUACAUCACACCAAUGUGGUUCGACUUAUUGGAUUUUGUUUUGAAAGAUCAAAACGAGCUCUUGUUUAUGAAUUCAUGCCCAAUGGUUCUCUUGAUAAAUAUAUUUCUUCUAAAGAGAAUGCCAUCUCUCUAACUUAUAACCAAAUGUAUGAGAUAUCUCUUGGAGUGGCUCGUGGUAUUUCUUAUUUGCAUCAAGGAUGUGACAUGCAAAUUUUGCAUUUCGAUAUCAAGCCACAUAACAUCCUUCUCGAUGAAAACUUCAUCUCAAAAGUGUCAGACUUUGGUCUUGCCAGGCUUUAUCCUAAUGACAUUAGCAUUGUCACUUUGACUGCAGCAAGAGGUACAAUUGGUUACAUGGCUCCUGAAUUAUUUUAUCAAAAUAUUGGAGGAGUUUCCUAUAAGGCUGAUGUAUAUAGCUUUGGAAUGCUUUUGAUGGAAAUGGCAAGUAAGAGAAGAAAUUUAAAUCCACAUGCAGAUCGUUCAAGCCAGCUUUUCUUUCCUUUUUGGAUCUACAAUCAAUUGGUUGAAGAAAAGGACAUAGAAAUGGAUGAAAUUUCAAAUGAAGAAAUGAUUAAUGUGAAAAAGAUGUUCAAAACUGCAUUAUGGUGUAUACAAUUAAAACCAAAUGAUCGUCCUCCAAUGGACAGAGUAAUAGAGAUGCUUGAAGGAAACAUUGAAAAUAUUGAGAUGCCUCCAAAACCUUCUCUAUAUCCAAAUGAAGUUAUUCAGAAAGAUCUUGAAGUAACCUCUAAUGAAAUUGAGUCAGAUGUUGCUAUUGACUCUGUUAGUUUUUUGGAGGAAACUAGCGCAUAGUCUUUAUAUAAUGUAUUCUACUGGACAAUUUCGUGUAGCUUCCUUUUACCGUUAUACUAAUGUGUCAUUCUGUAAGUUACAUGUAUCAUAUUAUUGUCUCUUAAAGUAAACUUUUGUGGUUAUUGGUGUUAUGUAUACCAAUUUUAUUCAUGUAUGUAUUGAAUUGUGAUAUUUUGUGCUUCUGUUUCUUCUGCGUCGGGAUGGAGCUGUUUAACUAGGAUACUGAAUUUGGCCAUAUAAAUACAUGCAUUCAUAAUUGUGUGGCUAAAAUAUAUUGUUAUAG